CGACAUUUAUAGUGGUUGUGAGUUGUGUAAGGUAUCCACGUAUAUUACGAUACUGAUGGGAGAUUUAGUACUUCCCGCACUUGUAUCAUAAUGUAUUAAUCUCGCACUAGUAUCGAAAUGUACUAUACUUACAUAUACAUACAUAGUACUAUACAUAUAUAAGGUAUGAUUCACUUCUUUGUUUACAGUUAUGUGUUCAUUCAUUCGACUGUUUUUCUGAAAACUUUCAUUGUGCAUUUCACAUAACCACAAAUAGACUACUAAGCGGAUCGAGUGCGCGCAUUGAGUUCCAGAGAAGUGUUUGUUUACAUACAAGUUGCAGUUUAAUUUUUCUCCUGUCCAGUUACAUCCAUCGUUGAUAAAAAUAAAUAUUGCAUAUCGCCUCAAUGAAUCUGGAAUACUACAGGCAAGGAAAAAUGGCGUUCUAUCCAAAAUUUGCAACUUCGUCUAGUAAACAAAGCGCAAAUCAAGAUGAUAAAAACAAUAUAAUGAAUAAUAAAAAUGAUAUCAAUGAUCUUGAUACCUAUAUUCCAAGAGAUGCUGUAAAUAUAUUGAAUGAAUUAAAGCCUGGGCUCACCUAUACACUUGUACAUUCUGUGAAUGAUAUAAUUGGAUCUGUUGAGGUUGAUAGCAAAAUUUAUUAUGGAAAUGGGAAAUCAGAUCUUACAGCAAAGCAGUCUGCAGCAGAAGCUGCUUUGAGAGAUUUGUUCUUUGAUAUGAUAUUUGCUACUAUGACUGAUAGUGAUGACACUGAUUCUUACAAUACCAAUUCUUGGAAACUAUUAGGAAGUUUAGCCAUGUUCAAACUUUUAGAGGAAUGGCUUCUGUUUUAUAUGUCUGAAAAGACUCAUAAAAAGGAUAUUCCAAAUUGUCCACCUAAAAAACCACCUAGUCAGAGUUCCCUUAAAAAUGAAAUUUCUAAAAUAAAAAUUACUCGUGAUUUGAAAAUAGAGAAGAAAAUACCACCUGCAGACUCUAAUCCCUGUGUUAUAUUGAAUGCAUUAUUAGGAACAGAUUUAAAAUUUGUUGACAUGAAAGUAAAUAGCAAUAAACCUCCUUUUACUUUUUCUAUAACUCUGGAUGAUAUAGAGUAUGUGGGUGAAUCUGCAGGAAAUAAAAAAGAUGCAAAACAGAAUGUAGCAAGAAAAGUUUUGAUCAAAAAGUAUGGCUAUAAUUACACAAAACAAUAAAAAUCAUAAUACCUGUAAGAAAUCAAAGAUUAAUACUGUGACUAUGACACUUAUAAAUUUAUAUAAAUUGUUAUAGAAAAAUUGCUUUAUGUUUAUUAAAUACAAAAAAUUAUUGUUCUAUCUUUUCUGUAUUUUUAGGCACACAAAAUAUGUAAGCUAUUAAAAAAUAUACAUAUCUUUAUAAAUGUUUACAUUUUUGGAUCCAACUGUAAAUAAAUUUAUA